ACAUGCGCUGCACAUGCUGCCGGCCGCCGAUUUCUAUCAAUGCUACGGUACCGGAGUCACGAUUUUACGAGUGAAAAUGGCGAAAAAGGGACAUAAACGCUCUAGUUCUGAAGUUAGUGAUCACUUCCGUCUCAUCAAUGAGCAAGAAGUGGAGGACAUCACACUUGCAUUCUUCUACAAACCACACACUCUUACUCUUCUUUCUGUGGCCGUGAUCGGGACGUUUUACUUUGCAUUUACUGGUACUUCUGAUGGAUUUGAGCAGAAUAUAUGGAGAGGACUGUGUCAUGCUGCCUUUUACUUCCUCAUUAUCAGCGUUCUAGCUUUUCCUAAUGGUCCUUUUACCAGACCACAUCCUGCAAUAUGGAGAGUGUUUUUCGGGAUCACUGUCAUGUAUCUCCUAGUACUCAUCUUUUUCCUGUUCCAAAGUUAUCAGGACGUGAUGAAAAUCCUUCAAUGGAUAUUUCCUGAUCUCCAAGAAUAUAACACACCAGAAAAGGAGUAUGCUGUGAACUGUUCUGAUGUCACUUCAGAGCGAUUGUGGGGUCAUUUUGACUGGUAUUCUCUUAGUCAUUUUGGAGGUUGGGUGAUCAAGGCCCUUCUCAUGAGAAGCUAUGUCCUGUGUUGGAUCAUCAGUGUCACUUGGGAGAUCACAGAGCUCUUCUUCACCCACCUGCUACCCAACUUUGCAGAGUGUUGGUGGGAUGCCAUCAUCUUGGACAUCCUGGUGUGUAACGGCCUCGGUAUCUGGGUCGGGAUGAAACUCUGCAGGAGACUAGAGAUGACCGAAUUCAGAUGGGAGAGCAUCAAAAACAUUCCUUCUACCUCUGGAAAGAUCAAGAGAGCUGUUCUCCAGUUUACACCAGCGAGUUGGACACCCAUUCGCUGGUUGGAACCUCAUACUUCUCUCAAGCGGGUAUUGGCUGUCUUUAUCAUUGAAUGCGUUGCACAGCUGGUCGAGCUGAACACAUUUUUCUUGAAGCACAUUUACAAAUUUCCUGCUGACCAUUGGCUUGGCAUCAUCAGGAUAUUCAUCGUUGUUACAUCCACAGCUCCAACGAUAAGGCAAUAUUAUACCUAUGUCACUGAUCCAUACUGCAAACGGGCAGGCACACACCUAUGGGUCUUCCUUGCAUACAGUUUGAUAGAGCUGAUGAUAUGCAUCAAGCAUGGGCAAGAUGUGUUCUCAAAAACUCUCAUUCUAAACAUCCUAAUGUGGUUAACAAUACAGCUUUCGAUUGUCUUCUUUUGCUUAAUGGCCUUCUGGUGGUACUAUCAAGUCCAUAAACCUGUGGAAUCGGCAAAACCUCUAGCUCUCCGCCGUCUCAGCCAGCAGUCUGUAUCAGCCCCGACCAGCCCUUCAAAAGUGUCCAAUGGUUAUGAAGGUGACAGCCCCACCCAUCAAUACAAUACAAGGAGGCGUGUCCAGAGCGCUGCAAAGCUGGUGUCGUGAUUGGUGUAUUCUAUGGCUGGUGGAAAUGCCCCAUUCCAUCAAGAUGUUACAUGUGCAUUUAUGCAAUACUAG